AUGGCAAACUGGAAGGACUUACGUUCCCUUCAACAUGCAUCAUGGAACCUGGUGCUGGCCAUCAUCGUGAUCAGCGUCAUUGUGUUCAGCUAUGGAUUUGACACCAGUGUCUUUUCUACAAUCCAAGCUAUGGAUGCCUACGAAAAACGGUUCGGCUCCUAUAACCCCACAACAGAAGAGUGGGGAUUCAGCACGGAACAUCUUUCCUUCCUGAACUCCCUUGGCCUCCCCGCAAAAUGUAUGGGUGCCCUGUGUGGCCUCCUAGUCGCAGAGCGAUACGGCAGACGCACCUCAUACAUUAGUAUGCAGUUCAUCAUUAUCGUUGGCAUUGCCAUCAGCUACACCGCGAAGAACUAUGGUGCUGCGCUAGCUGGUCGAAUCAUUGUGCAGCUGUUCGUCGGAUGGGACAAUUUCUUGGCUCCAAUGUUUCUGGCUGAGAUUAGUCCUACCGCGCUUCGGGGUGCUAUCGUCGUGGUGUACGUAUUCGCACAUAUCUUUGGAUCGUUGAUCUGCUCUUUUGUGACAUUGGCAACUUCCAAGUUCGAGGGCGACUCAUCUUGGCAGCUUCCACUGGCCUCGAUGUUUGCUUUCCCACUCUUCGUUCUUGUGUUCUGCUGGUUCAUUCCAGAGAGUCCUCGAUGGCUUGUGCGAAAGGGUCGGCAUGAGGAUGCGGCCAAACAGCUUCGUUGGAUUAGAGGCUCAAAACUAUCUGAGCAGGAGGCGGAACACGAAAUGAGUACCCUCAAGCAAACCAUUGAACAAGAUCGUGAAACAAAGGGUCGAUGGUCAGAUUUCUUGAAAGGAAACAACAGGAGACGCCUCGUAAUCUCGAUUGCUGUCGCCAUCUUCAACCAAAUCACCGGACAGAGCUUCAUGAGCCAGUACGGAGCAAUCUUCAUCAAAAGCCUGAAGACAAUGAACACUUUCACCUUCACCGCGCUUUCGGCUACCAUUACAUGCGUCGGGCCUAUAAUCACAUUUUCACUGGUGGAUAUCGUUGGACGCCGCAUAUUCUACCUUGUCGGUGGUACAGCUUGUAUAACUGUUCUCUUCAUCUGUGGUGGCCUGGGCACAGGCGAUGUCACAACAUCAGACAAAACAGGUAUCGUGGCCGUCUGUAUGAUGUUCGGAUUCUUCUACGUCAUGUCAUUCGGAGCAAUUGGGGCCGUCACAGCGGCAGAAGUCUCACACCUGCGGUUACGUGAUAAGAACGCACUGGUCGUAUACUGCACCCAGUUUGUAUUCGACUUUAUUAUCACAUUGACUCUUCCAUAUCAUUUGAAUGCGGGGGAAGCGAACCUCCAAUCCAAGGUCGGGUUUAUUUACGGUAGUUGUGGGGCGGUUGGGCUUGUAUGGGCUUUCUUCUACCUACCGGACAUGACCGGUCGGUCUCUGGAGGAGUUGGAAGAGAUGUGGUCUCAGAUGGUUCCGGCUCGUGAGUUCAGAGAAUGGAAAUCCUCUAGCGACGAAUCAAGCGUCGAUGAAACGAGGAAGGUCACUGAAUACCCCAAGGCCGACACGGUGGAAAGUUGUUGA